CGGCUCGCGAAGCUGCCCUCGGCGCUCCCAGCGGCUGGGCCUGGCCGGACGGCGCGCGGCAGUGGCUGGCCUCCCAGGAGAAGGCCCGGGUGUGAAGGUGGAGGAAGGAUUGGACACGUUGCCGGGGAAAGUGAGCAAUCCAUUUAACCAAAGCAGAGAUGUCGGCUUAUUUAUAGGAAUUACUUGAAGCCAGAGUCAUGGUGGAUGUAGGAAAGUGGCCAAUCUUCACUCUGCUCUCACCUCAAGAAAUUGCAUCUAUUCGGAAAGCAUGUGUCUUUGGCACCUCAGCCAACGAAGCACUCUACGUUACUGACAAUGAUGAGGUCUUUGUAUUUGGACUGAACUAUAGUAACUGUCUAGGAACUGGAGAUAACCAGAGUACACUUAUACCCAAAAAGCUAGAAGCCUUGUGUGGAAAGAAGAUUAAAAGCCUUAGUUAUGGCAGUGGACCACAUGUUCUUCUCAGCACUGAAGAUGGAGUUGUUUAUGCCUGGGGCCACAAUGGAUAUAGCCAGCUUGGGAAUGGGACGACCAACCAAGGCAUUGCUCCCGUCCAAGUCUGCACCAAUCUCUUGAUCAAGCAAGUGGUUGAAGUAGCUUGUGGCUCACAUCAUUCAAUGGCUUUGGCAGCUGAUGGAGAGGUAUUUGCCUGGGGCUAUAACAACUGUGGCCAGGUGGGAUCAGGAUCUACAGCAAAUCAACCAACUCCUCGAAAAGUCACAAACUGUUUACACAUUAAGAGGGUGGUUGGCAUUGCCUGUGGUCAGACCUCGUCCAUGGCUGUUCUGGACAAUGGUGAGGUGUAUGGAUGGGGUUACAAUGGCAAUGGUCAGCUGGGCUUGGGAAACAAUGGCAAUCAGCUGACCCCUGUGAGAGUGGCAGCUUUGCACAGCGUGUGUGUGAACCAGAUUGUCUGCGGCUAUGCACAUACUCUAGCACUAACAGACGAGGGCUUGCUCUAUGCCUGGGGAGCUAACACGUAUGGGCAGCUGGGAACUGGCAAUAAAAAUAACCUGCUAAGCCCAGCACACAUCAUGGUGGAGAAAGAAAGGGUAGUAGAGAUCGCAGCCUGCCACUCUGCCCACACAUCUGCUGCCAAGACCCAGGGAGGACACGUGUACAUGUGGGGCCAGUGCCGGGGCCAGUCGGUGAUCCUGCCGCACCUCACCCACUUCUCCUGCACCGAUGACGUGUUUGCCUGCUUUGCCACGCCCGCCGUCUCAUGGCGCCUCCUCUCUCUAGAGCACGAAGACUUUUUAACAGUUGCAGAGUCACUGAAGAAAGAAUUUGAUAGUCCAGAAACUGCUGAUUUGAAGUUUCGAAUUGAUGGGAAAUAUAUCCAUGUUCAUAAAGCUGUUUUGAAAAUCAGGUGUGAGCACUUUCGAUCCAUGUUCCAGUCUUACUGGAAUGAGGACAUGAAGGAGGUGAUAGAAAUAGACCAGUUUUCUUACCCAGUGUAUCGUGCCUUUCUCCAGUACCUCUACACAGAUGCAGUCGAUCUGCCGCCUGAAGAUGCUAUAGGUCUUUUGGAUUUGGCGACAUCUUACUGUGAAAACAGACUGAAAAAACUUUGUCAGCACAUUAUCAAGCGAGGAAUCACUGUGGAGAAUGCCUUUUCAUUGUUCUCUGCUGCAGUCAGAUAUGAUGCAGAGGAUUUAGAAGAAUUCUGCUUUAAGUUUUGCAUCAAUCAUUUGACAGAAGUUACACAGACUGCAGCAUUUUGGCAAAUGGAUGGCCCUCUGCUAAAGGAAUUCAUUGCUAAAGCCAGUAAAUGUGGAGCCUUUAAGAACUGAAGCCCAAGGCUGCUGGGUUUUGUGUGAGUGCUCUGGGCCGGGUAUUGGGUGAUGGUGUGUUGUUGGUGCUCUACGGGUGAUGCAGUUCUGCAGGUAAACAACCCAUCAGGUGGUUUUUUCCCACAUCUGAGACACCGUUCUCUGUGUAGGAAUAUAUGUAUGAAGGAUCUACGGCUUUUCCUGAACCCAUUUUAAACAAUUCUUGUUUCCAGAUAUGUCUAUUUUAAUUGUGACCUUAGGUUGGCUGGAACAUUGUACAAGGGUGAGAGUUUAGCUGGUUGUUUUUUUUGUUUUUGUAUUUGGGUUGAGGAACUGGUAAACUUGGGAAGGGGAAGUCAGUGGCAACUCUCCAGGCUCACAUAUCAGCAACCUUUUUGACACAAGGAGUUGGGAUGGUUUGUGAGUUGUGAGACAAACAUGGAGGCCCCACCGUGAAUUAAAGAUGCUGACUUUGGGGCCUGUUGAAGUGCUGCUUUAGUUGCUACUUUGAUAGCCUUACUGUGAAGGAAUAGGUAAGAUCGUGAGGCUUUUGUUUGUGUUUGCACUAUUGAUGACUUUUUUUAAUUUCACGGUGUAUCAAAAUAAUAUUCAGUUUAAUGAGUUAAACCUAUUGAAAUGAUAAUUAUGUAAAGAUAAAUUUCUAGGUUAGCCAAGAUUUCUCUUAAGACUUAAGCGCAUAAAGAGUAGUAAUUUAGAACUCUCCGUGAAAUGUUAAUAAUGAAAAAAACUUCAUUUGGACAAUGGUGAAUAUUUUAUAAAUUAGAAUCUCCACUACUAUCCAAUUGUGUUUUAUUUUAUUAAGAUAAAAUUUGAGAACUCAAGUUUAAAUUGCCCCUCCCCCUUUUCCCCUAUAAAUGCUAAUUGUAAGAGGGAAAUAAUGACAUAUUCAUUAUACUCUGGCCUUCCUAAAUUAUGGCUGCUAAAUCAGAUCUGCUACAUCUGACUCAAAGAAGUGGUUCUUAAACCAGCUAUUUUUACAGGACUUAAUGGACUUCGUUUUCUCUCUUUUAUCUAUGCAAAAUGCCAGCACAAAUUUGAUUAUUUGAAAUUUCACCAGCUUUCACUAUCGAUUUUCCUCUCCUUUUAAUUGUGUUAGGUAUAAUACUUAGCAUAAUUUAACUUUUUUCAAAGGAUCAAAUUAUGGGGGUUUUUUUGGUCUGGUUAUGAAGUGUGACUUUGGGAGGUAGGAAUGCUCAACUCUGAGUUUUAUCACUUGUGUCCUGUGAGCUUACUUUAAGAACAAAGCUUUGUUCUGCUCUCUGGCCCAUGGACUCAUUUCCGUUUGUGGGGGCUCCUUAGUGAACUCUGCUUCCUGCUUGGAAGGUCCCCCAUCUGAACUUGGAGCUUCAAUACAUUUCAGAGCCAAAUUAACAAGAAGGUGAAGAGACACUGCAGCUCCUGUUUUUAGCAGUGUUUUAAGUGUGUGGUGGGGGGGAGAGGGCGAUGAGGGCCCAAAGAUAGGAAUUCAUUGAUAGGUGAAAUAAAUACAAACCUAGAAGUCCCAGCCCCUUUUUCUUGACCAUGUCACAAGUGAUUGAAGCCCAAUGAAUUAUUAGUUUAGAAUUAGUUCUGCAACACGAUAGAAUUUUUCUUACUAGGUUGAUAAAUGCACAUUAAUUUGAUUAUUAGCUGUGAUGGGUAGUGUUUAUAACAAUGAAUGUUCUGUAGGCUUAUGAUCUGGACAAAACAACUUCAGUAAGUUUACCAUUGCUCUUACUUGAAAAAAAAAACUUCAAAAAAAGCACAAAUUAAAGUAGUAAAUUUCCAUAGAUCAUUCAUUCAACAAAUAUUUACUGAGUUCCUAAUAUAGGUAAAGAACCACUUUUCAUAUUAGAUUACUGAGUAAUUUGAGUAUGUAUGUAGUAAAGAGAACACAAUAAGUCCUUCAAAAAGUACUUAUCUUUUUUUUUUAAUUCACUCUCUUAUUUUUCUACUUGGUUUUGUUGUUAAUCAUAGCAAAAGAUAAAAACUAUUCUUUGAAUUGCUUUCUUCAUGAUGUAAUAACGAAAGCCAAAGUAUUCAUAUUUCUUAAAAUAGCCCUAAAUGUACUCUUGAACUUCUUACUGGAACAAUGUUUGAUACUCUAGCAUAUAGGCUGUAUUUAUGUAAUGUUUAGAAUGACAUAUUAAUAAAUAAAGUAAUCUCUUA